AUGGCUAUAACAAAAUCCAACAAGUCUCCUCAAACAUCGGCUCUCAAACAAAUUGUCAAAAGAUGCUCAAGUUUUGGAAAGAAAAAUGGGUAUGACCAAGAUGGCCUGCCUGAUGAUGUACCAAAAGGCCAUUUUGUUGUUUAUGUAGGAGAGUAUAGAAGCAGAUAUAUCAUCCCAAUAUCAUGGUUGGAUCGUCCUGAGUUUCAAAGAUUACUUCAAAGAGCCGAGGAGGAAUUCGGCUUUAAACAUGGCAUGGGCCUCACUAUUCCUUGUGACGAAGUAGUCUUUCGGUCUCUAACAGAGAUGAUAAGAUAA